AUGUUUAUUUUGCAUCAUGAGAUAACAGCCGUUCUGCGGGUCGCCAUAAGGUGCGUGCAGAAGCACGCUUUUUUAAGAGAAUAUAAACAGCUGAGCAAGGGCCGGAGCGUCGACGGCGGAAGUCGAAUUUUGCCGUUAACCCCGUUUAUGUAUGAGCACGAAAUCAUUAGAGUGGGGGGCCGAAUACACAAUGCAGCAUUGCCAUAUGACGCGCGACACCCCGUGCUAUUGCCGAAGAGUCACCGAUUGACAAUCUUGAUUAUACAGCGAGAACAUGUGAGAAAUCUGCAUUCAGGUCUGCAGGCCACGAUGCACGCGGUGCGUCGGCGAUUUUGGCCUCUGGCGGCGCGCUCAAUUGUGCAAACAAUAAUUCAUAGUUGCGUAACUUGCUUCAAGUACAGGCCGGCUGCAUCACUGAUGGCGGAUUUGCCCAUACAACGCGUUACGGCUUCGAGACCGUUCACACAUAGCGGGGUGGAUUAUGCCGGACCCAUGUUCCUAAAGGAUGGUAGGAGACGUAAUGCCAAGUUGCACAAGACAUAUAUUUCGAGUUUUAUGCGAGACAACGAAGUCGAAUGGCGUUUCAUACCACCUCACGCUCCGCAUGUCGAAGGUUUGUGGGAGGCGGCCGUGAAGUCGGCGAAGUUUCACAUUAAUCGAAUGUUGGGUAACGCGAAUCUCACAUAUAAAGAGAUGCAAACCGUGUUAUGCGAAAUAGAAGCUGUUUUAAAUUCGCGACCGUUAACCCCGUUAAGCAAAGAUCCAAACAAUCUACAUUGUAUCACACCGGGACAUUUUUUGAUUGGUGCAGCGCUAAACAGCUUUCCAGUUGCAGAUCUCACAGAGGAGAAUCCGAGCCAACUGCUGCGAUGGCAACGUAAAUGGAGGACUAGUAAGGGCCAGCAAUUAAAGGUCGGUCAACUCGCCAUAGUGCAGCAACCAGGCUUAGGGCCGCUGCAAUGGUUAUUAGGCUGGGUGCAACAGCUUCAUUCGGGCCCUGAUGGUAUUGCAAGGACGGCUACACUGAGGACCGCCAAGGGUCAAAUAACAAGGCCGCUGACAAUACUAGCCAUCCUCCCAAGAAAAGUGUUGCUGAAAAUCAACGAAUGCUGUCGGAAACUUAUGGUGAUUAUGCUCCAUCGAUUUCAACAUGCGAGUACUGGUUUCGACGCUAUAAAAGGUGAUUUUAACACGGAAGACAAGGAAUGUCUAAGCCAGCCGAAAAAGUUUGAGGAUGAGGAAUUGGAAGCUUUCCUUGAACAAGACCCGAGUCAAACGCAGAAUCAUUAA